AUGACACUGAGUCAAUCGGGAAAGGAUUCAAUUGGGUUAUUGAGUCGCAAAAAUCUAAGUUACUUCUUCGAGAUUUGGCGUCAACAAAUUGAAAAGGAGCCUAUUACAACAUUUCCUGACACUCGAUUCCCGAAUAUCAAAUGCGUGGGAGUGUGGGAUACUGUCGGCUCAGUGUUUAGUGAGAUUGAUGCUUUGAACAUCAAAGAUACCAGUCUCCCAGCGACGGUGAAGGUCGGCCUUCAUACCCUCUCGCUGCAAGAGAAUAGAAAGAUGUUCCUUCCUACCUUAUGGAUGGUCCCGUCUGGAGGACUGAGAGACGGACAAAUUCUCAAACAGUUUUGGUUCCCUGGAGCUCACUCUGAUGUUGGCGGAGGAUACAAACGCCAUGAACUAGCAGAUAUUAGUUUAUAUUGGAUGGCUGGAGAGAUCGAAGACUUCGUCAAUUUAGAUCUCACGUUCUUACGCUCUUUCGCCCAACCUAAUCCCGACCCUUGGGGUACUUCUCAACCACACAACAGCUACAUGGAAUUAGCUCCGAUUUAUCAAUUCUUAGUUGGACAUAAAACGUGUCUCGAAUGUGGCCAAGUUUCAGCAGAGUCGGUGUUCCAUGAAAGCGUCAAGUACUCGCCGCAGAAGCUCGAUGCGUCUGACUAUAUGAUUACGAUGUCUGAUAUUGAGGAAACACUUGGAUCAGGAUUCCAACCUCGAUACUCUCCACUGAACGAAUUCGAGCAAUACUGCAAGGACCAUUGGGGAACAGGGCUACUGGAAGCGCGUCAUGGUGUGGAGAGUCCUGAAGUUCUUUGGUGA